AUGAGAGAAGUAAUAUCUAUUCACGUCGGACAAGCCGGUAUCCAGCUUGGUACCACCUGCUGAGAAUUAUUCUGCCUUGAGCACGAAAUUCAACCUGAUGGACAAAUUUCGCCCGAUAAAUCAAUUUCUAACGAUGAAUGCCUCAAUGCCUUUUAUUCAGAAACUAAAGAAGGCAAUUGACUUGCAAGAGCAGCUUUUGUGGAUUUAGAACCUUUAAUCAUUUAUGAGACUAUGUAUGGGCCAAAUCGCAAGCUAUUUCAGCCUAACCGGUUCAUUUAUGGCAAAGAGGAUGCUUCGAAUAAUUUUGGCAGAGGACAUUCUAGCAUUGGCAGAAAUAUAAUUGACCCAAGUCUUGAAGUUAUAAGAAAAAUUGCUGAAGAUUGUGAAGAGCUACAAGGAUUUUUAAUUUACCAUUCUCUAGGAGGUGGGACUGGGUCAGGGCUUGGAUCUCUGAUACUUGAAAGGCUUUCACAAGAAUAUAGCCAAAAAACAAAAAUUAAUUUUUCUAUUUGGCCAUCAGGAAAAAACUCUGUUGCUGUUGUUGAGCCUUAUAAUGCUACCCUCUCUAUGCAUGCAUUAAAAAAUGACUCAGAUGCUGCCAUUAUUCUUGAUAAUGAAGCUAUUUAUGAAAUUUGCAAAAAACAAUUAAACGUUGUAAGGCCAAAUUAUACAGUUCUAAAUAGGCUGAUAGCUCUUGGAAUUUCAUCAAUGACUACAUCAAUGAGAUAUAAUGGAACUGUUAAUGCAAAUUUGAGUGAAUUUACGUCAAGUUUAGUCCCAUCCCCAAAUUUUCAUUUUCUUUUUCCUUCUUAUGCACCAGUUAUCUCAACCGAUCACCAAUGUGGUCCAAAUAUUUCUGUUAUGGAAAUGACUAGAGAAGUUUUUCAAGUAGAAAAUGCAUGGGCAAAAUGUGACCCAAAAAACGGGAAAUAUUUGGCAUAUAGUUUAAACUACCGAGGGGAUGCUUCAUAUGAAGACGCUAGCUUUGCUAUUGCAAAUCUAGAACCAAUAAAAACUGUAGAAUUCGCUGAUUGAUACCCAGAUGGGGAUACAUUAAUAUGGGUUGAUGAAUCGGCUUGAAUUCUGUAUUCUUGUAGCUUGGGCUUUAUUAGGACUGAGGACCUCUAUGAAACGUGUGUAUCAUGCUAGAUCCACUGAUGGAGCGGAGAUGCUAAGCUGAUUAGGUAAAGUUCAGUCAUAGGGUUGCUUUUCCCGUGGGAAAUGAGAAAGUAUGAAAGGAUUGUCUCAGCAGUGUCAUAAAUGUUUCUUACCAUUCAGAGCACUUACCCAGAUCAAUACCAUAUGCUGUGCCCUGAGCUUUCAUUCUUCCUGACAGAUGAACAGAAACUUUAAUCCUUAUUGGAAGAGUAAACACAGCAUAAAGUCGUGUAUCGACUAGCUAGCAAGCUUGGAGCUUUAUGGAAAGGGAUAAGGUGAUUCAGCUACCUGAUAAUCUUAAAUAACCAACAAUGCCCAGCAGGAGCUAAAUUUGCCAUUAAUGAUAAGAAAAUAGCAGCAAUUACUGAUAAACAUCUUGGACAAUCUCCAAGAACAAUAAGCAUGAUCAAUAAUAAUACAUCUAUAACUGAAGUUUUCGACAGAAUUGGCCAUAAGUUUGAGCUGCUUUAUUGUAAAAGGGCAUAUGUUUACUGAUAUAUUUCUGAAGGGAUGGAAGAACAUGAGUUUAAUGAGGCAUUCGAGGAUAUGAAAACUAUCGAAACCGAAUAUAAUAGCUUAUGCAAUAUGCCUGAAAGCAGCAUAAAUGAUCUUGAUGCUGGAGAGAUAUAA